GAGAAGCGAAGGGACCAUGGAAGAGCUGGUGAAGGACCCCAGGUUCCCUCCUGAACUGAUACACCUGCUGAUGGAGAACUUCAGCGUCCCUAUAGCCUGUUUCUCCAAACCACCAGCUGCUCUGCAACUCCUUUAUCAGCAGACCCCCGUCGAGUACAGCAUCACCUUCAUGAUGACCCUUCUCCCCCUGUUUUCCAUCGUAAUCUUCAUCGAAGAAGCCCUGUACCUCUCCAAGAAAGUCCGCUGCCCCGUCAAGAUGAAAACUCUCAUCUGGAGCAGCUCGGCUCCCACGGUGGUCUCCAUAUUCUGCUGUUUCGGGAUCUGGGUGCCACGCUCUAUGAUGGUGGUGGAGAUGGCCAUUGGCUCGUACUUUGCGGUCUGCUUCUACCUGAUGAUGCUGGUGAUGGUGGAGGGCUUCGGGGGGCCGGGGGCCGUGCUCCAGGCCUUGAAGGACACCCCGAUGAUUAUCAGCACCGGACCUUGCUGCUGCUGCUGCCCCUGCUGCCCCCGCAUCCAGAUGACCAGGCGCAAACUGAAGAUCAUGAUGUUGAGCGCUUUCCAGUACGGCUUUUUCAAGGCGGCUGGCGUCUUCCUUGGCUUGGUCCUCAACGCCGAAGAUCUCUACGACCCCGCUGAUAUUUCAGAAGGGAGCGUGGCUCUGUGGAUAAACACAUGCCUGGGGGUGUCCACCCUCUUCGGUCUGUGGGGAUUGGCGGUCCUCUUCCGGCAAGCCAAGGCACACCUGGCUGCGCAGCACAUAGUGGGGAAGUUCGUUUGCUUCCAGAUUCUCCUCAUCCUGACAGCGCUACAGCCUUCUAUUUUCAGUGUCCUGGCAAACGGGGGUCAGAUCGCUUGCUCCCCACCCUUCUCCUCCAGAGCGAGGUCACAGCAGAUGAACCUGCAAAUGCUGAUCGUCGAAACCUUCCUGAUGACGGUGCUGACAAGGAUGUAUUACCGGAAGGCGGACAACAAAGCGGCAUACGGCCCGGUGACCCCUCCGGAAAGCAAAACGGAGAGCAGCAGCCACUGAGCCAGACCGAAGCUCUUGUCUGAUCUCGAAUCCAGCAGGCAAACAGAAGGCUAGGACCUCCCCCCCCCCCGUUGAACGUUGACUUUGGCUUUCCAAGGGGCAAGAAGACCACCGUUCCCAGCGAGCAGACAAGAUGGAGGGGGAAGGAGGGUAGAGGACUAUCUUGUUUCCAACAAGCGCAUGGGACCAACGUGAUGCUAACUGUCCCUUCCGAUACUUCACAGAUAAAAAUGAUGUUUUUGUGACCCCGGUUUGGAGACCACAGCCUCAGCUCCAGUUGCCAACCUCCAGGUGGGUCCUGGAGACCCCCCCCCCCCCCCAGAAUUACAUCUGAUCUUCAGACUAGAGAUCAGCUCCCCCAGAAGAAACGGCAGUUUUGGAAGGUGGGCUGUGUGGCAUUAUACCCCAUCGAAGCCCCUCUCCUCCCCAAAUCCUGCUUCCCAGUUGGAGAGCCAGAUCGGUGUAGUGGUGAAGUGUGCCGACUCUUAUCUGGGAGAACCGGGUUUGAUUCCCCACUCCUCCCCUUGCACCUGCUGGAAUGGCCUUGGGUCAGCCAUAGCUCUGGCAGAGGUUGUCCUUGAAAGGGCAGCUUCUGGGAGAGCCCUCUCCAGCCCCACCCACCUCACAGGGUGUCUGUCUCCUGCGAGCCAGUUUGGUGCAAUGGUUAAGUGCGUGGACUCUUAUCUGGGAGAACUGGGUUUGAUUCCCCUCGCCUUCCCUUGCACCUGCUGGAAUGGCCUUGGGUCAGCCAUAGCUCUGGCAGAGGUUGUCCUUGAAAGGGCAGCUGCUGUGAGAGCCCUCUCAGCCCCACCCCACCUCACAGGGUGUCUGUUGUGGGGGAGGAAGGGAAAGGAGUUUGUGAGCUGCUCUGAGACUCUUUGGAGUGGAGGGUGGGAUAUAAAUCCAAUAUCAUCUUCUUCCCCAGGCCACGUCCCCCAAAUCUCCGGGAAUUCCCUCCAAAAUUCCAGCCUUCCCUGCAUUAGUGUUGCCGGUUCUCCUCCACUACCUGUUUUGCAGGACUCUCUUACUCUGCAAUACUCAUUGCAGCCGGUUGGGUGUAGUGGUGAAGUGCGCGGACUCUUAUCUGGGAGAACCGGGUUUGAUUCCCCACUCCUCCACUUGCACCUGCUGGAAUGGUCUUGGGUCAGCCAGAGCUCUCUUAUCUGGGAGAACCGGGUUUGAUUCCCCCCUCCUCCACUUGCACCUGCUGGAAUGGCCUUGGGUCAGCCAGAGCUCUCUUAUCUGGGAGAACCGGGUUUGAUUCCCCACUCCUCCACUUGCAGCUGCUGGAAUGGCCUUGGGUCAGCCAUGGCUCUGACAGAGGUUGUCCUUGAAAGGGCAGCUGCUGUGAGAGCCCUCUUAACCCCACCCACCUCACAGGGUGUCUGUUGUGGGGGGAGAAGAUAUAGGCGAUUGUAAGCAGCUCUGAGUCUCUGAUUACAGAGAGAAGGGUGGGGUAUAAAUCUGCAGUCUUCUUCAUUGGAUUAAGAGCUAGUUAUUGGAUCUUUUGGCAAAAGACAGGCAUAAAACCAUGCUGUCGGUCUAUUCAUGGACGUAUAUCAUUGUACUCAUGCUACGAUACAUGCAGUCCAUAGAUGCAGUCGAACCUCAGUUGCUGAACGCAACAGGGCAUGCUGUGACGUGGUGCUUUAGUGCUCAUGCAGAAGCACUGACAUAGGGUUGCCAACCUCCAGGUGGGAGAGGAAAAGCCAAAGCCUCCGUGUACAAAUAAUCUCAAUUAAAAAAAAAUCAAAAAAUGUUCUUACAAAA